AGAGUUCAACUUCCCCUCCCCUAUUGAGAAGAGACUGCGAAGAAUCGAGAUCCAAGAUGGCCUAUCCAUGGCGACCGCCUCCGCCACAACCUCACCCGUCGCAAGGUGAUUGCUGCCCGGUCUGUUACUACCCUCACUUCCCUUUCUGCCAUCCGCCGCCGCCGUAUCCUCCCAACCCUAUCCCACAACAUCCGCCACAUCCCGGCCACUUCUACCAUAGACAGCCACCUCUAGCACCGCCGCAACUAGCUUUCGACCCAAUAUUGGAUCACCAAAGCGCCCCCCCAAUGCAUCCUCACCGCCGCCCAUAUAUGGAUCGUUACGAAGCUCUUCCUUUGCCGUGGAACCAAGGUGUUAAUUUUAAUAGCAAUCUUUAUGGAAGUUUAAAUUCGAAAGAUAAUUUUGUUCAAGGUAAUGCUGGAGCUAAGAGGAAGCAUUACGAUGACUCUAGUGAAAGUUGUGCAAAAUCGGCUAGGUUUUCAGUUGACUAUGAAAGGAGAUUAAAAUUGAUUCAUGAUCAUGGUGGGCCAACGGAUCAUGAUCCUGGAAGUCGUAGAGAUCAUGACACAAUAGAACAUCAUGGAAAGGGCACGAUUGAAUUUCCUGAUUUUGGGCAUGGUGACAGAAACCAGGGACAAUAUGAGCUGCAGCAUGGUCAGAGGAAUGACCAUGGAUUUAACGAUGGUCCUGCUUAUAGUUACAAUAACUUAGACCCGCGGCGCAAUAUUAUGCAGCAUGAACAAAAUGCUUCUCUUGGGUUUACCUUAGAAAAUAGCAGUAAUGGCUCGUUAUCUGAUUUUUACCCAAAGCAAAAUCAAUUUGGUUCAAGGAGGCAAUCAACAGUGUCUGAAAUUACACCACUCCAUGACUCACCGCCACCUCUUCUUGCAGGAACUCCUGUUUCAUCAUCACCACCAAGAACAACACCUUCAUUGUUUCCCAUUCAUGCCGGCGCAUCAGUUUCUAUGCCUAACUAUCUCCCAGGCACUGAUGCAGCACAAUCCUACUAUCAUACAAUUGGAAAUUCAAAACCUCCUUCUGGAUUUGCUAUAGAGAGUUUUCACUAUGCGUCACCAAGGAUUGGCCCGGGAGAAAGUGAACAGUAUCCUGCAAGGCAUCUAUCUUCAGAUAAGCCUACUAUUGUAGAUGCAAUUCACAUAUUUAAGCAUCCACACAGAUCUGCUCGGCCUGCUCACAUAGUUGUAAUCCUUCGGGGGCUUCCAGGGAGCGGAAAGAGCUAUUUGGCAAAAAUGUUGCGUGACCUUGAGGUUGAGAACGGUGGUAAUGCCCCACGAAUUCACUCGAUAGAUGAUUACUUUAUGACUGAAGUUGAAAAGGUUGAUGAAAGUGAAGUUUCAAGGUCAGCAGGACCUACCAAAGGGAAAAAAUCUGUGAGGAAAAAGGUCAUCGAGUAUUGCUAUGAACUUGAAAUGGAGGAGGCUUAUCGGUCAAGCAUGCUGAAGGCAUUUAAGAAGACCCUUGAUGAGGGAGUUUUCUCCUUAGUAAUUGGUAUGAUUUUUGGCAUGUUGUGUGAAAUUUUUGCUGCUUCUUUUAAAUGUUUUGUUUUAAAAAUCUAUCAAUGAUCUUAUAUCUGUUUUUGCUAUAAUUGGAAUUUAGUUCUAUCUUCUAUACAGAUGAUGAGUUGUUAGCAUUUCUGAUUGUGUGGAUUUCUUUCGAAUUGUUUGCUGAAAUGAAUUACUCAAGUCCCAGUUCCAUUUUUUGAAUUACGUAAGAUGUAACCCUUAUAAGCAUUGACCCGUGUCUUAAUUAGGAUAUUUGCUUGCAAAACCCCGAUACAUAUUUUAAUUUACAUAAAAACGUAAGGUUAAACUUAAAAUGUGUGCUGGAGGUGGGUUCAGUUAAGUGUGCUAGAUUCUCAAAUUAAAGGCUCAAAGAUAGAUUAAUUUUAGAUUAAGUGGUCCUGCAGUGCGAAUGCACUGCCUUCAGUUUACUAACAGCAGAUGCAGUUUUGUUCGGCAAUUGACCCAUUUGUUGCUGGUAUUUGUUCCUCAUCUUAGUGGAUGACCGCAAUCUGCGGGUAGCUGAUUUUGCUCAGUUUUGGGCAACUGCUAAGGUAUACACUCAAUUCUUGCUUUCCUACAAACAGUAUAUGUGAUCUGUUCUUGGUAUAUCUGUUUGUGGGAAUUGGGAUACUAUGAAGGUCUGCGAUUUCUCGCCUUCACAGGUUACUUUCUGUUGCCUUGUGAACUAUACAUAGUCGCUUUUGGUUUCCAUUUUAAGUAUCCAUUUUGAGGUCUGGUUAAAAAUUCGCUGCACCUUAUGUGAGUCAGAUGAUCACUUUGGUCUUUUAUUGAUGGACAAUUUGAAUGCCGUGUACUUUAUUUUGCUGCUUAAUUGUAAUGCCAUUAUUUUAUUCUUGAAAUAUAUACCUUGUCAAAUACAGAGUAUAUUUGGUUAAAAAUUUGUUGCACCUUGUGUCAGGCAAAUUAGCACUUUGGCCUUUUGUUUAUGGACAAUUUUAAUACUGUGCACUCUAUGUUGAUACUUAAAUUUAUGCCAUUAUUAUUUUAUUGUGGAAUAUUUUUCUUGUCAAACACGGAUUUUAUCGGAUCCAUGGGUGGUUUCUGCUUGCCUGGUAUUUAUAAUUUGUAUUUCUGCAUUUCCAUGUGCUUUCACCACCAUCACAUAAAGAGAUCCAAUUUUUGUUUGAACUGAAGGGUAAAAUAAAUCUGUUGUAGGGAUGAAACAAAUUAUGUAUUCAAUUUAACAUGUCAUUUUAAUCAGCUGUUAGUUUUUUUUCCGGUUUUUCCUAGGUCAAUUUUAAGAUGCGCGAUAAUGUGGCAGUUUCUCAGGACCCACAAUCAUUCCAUCCUACAUCUCUUUUAACUUUUCUCCGGGGAAUCCCAGUCACAUUAGCUUAGUGGGGUUUCAUACAAUCCUUUUUUAUGCCAUAUAUUUUAUAAUUUUCUUGUUUGAUAUUUGGCUCUGUCUUGAAUCCUCUUAUGUUUCGGGUGCAUGAUUGUAACAAUCCACCGUUCCUACCACCAGUUCUCCAUAUGUUUGUUGAUAUGAGGUUUACAUAUGGCUGCAAAGAAAAGUUUAUCUUCAAUAAUGGAUUUCCAAUUUGAUUCUAUCAACCACACAAAUAAAAACAUCAACUUUGUUUGUAUGGAUCUUUUUGUACAUUGUAACCCAAUGUUUUCAAAACACGGACGUGACAUUGUACCAAUGAUGUUACCUGUCACCGGUUUGAUCACUGGUCGAACUGGUAUGACCUCAUAAAUAGAGAUAAAUCAUAAAUAAUUAUAAUAAUAAGUUAUACAUAUAAUAGUAUAAAAUAUAAAUACAUAACAAAUUUUAAAGAAAUAAAAUACUCCCUAAUAU